ACUAAAGAAAAACAAUGAAAAUAAAUCAUCAUCAUCAUCAUCAUCAUUAAUUCAUAAUGGUUUAAGAAUGGUAUCUUAUGGUCGUCAUAGAAAAAAUGAUCAUCAAAGCAGUAGCAGAUGUAAAAGAUUAACGAAUAAUAGUUCAUUCUAUGAUUCAUUUCGAAUGAAAUCAUUUCGUUUUAAAUCAUUACGUAACCAGGAACAGAAGCAAAAUGGUAAUAAUAAUGAUCAAAUAGAUUCAAUUGAAACUACCUGUAAUGAAAAUGAUGAUGAUGAUGAUGAUGAUGAUGCUGAUCAGAUUUUUGUAAACGCUAAUAAUGCUGAUGAUGGAUUGAGCACAGUCGUACCUGUUUCGGAUACUGGUGAUCAUUGUAAAUGUAAAAACAAAAAUAAUCAAAAACAACGACAACGACAACGACAACGGCAGCAAUCAUCAACAAUAACAGCUGCACAAAAACAUCGUAAUGAAUUGAAACGUGAAGAAAGUUCACGUUUACGACAAGAGAAAAAAGCAGCCAGACAAUUGGGUGUAAUAUUGGGUGCAUUUAUUCUUUGUUGGAUGCCAUACAUUAUUACCUAUGUUGUAACAGCAUAUUGUGCCUAUUGUAUUAGUCUUACCGUUCAUCAGGUGACCAUUUGGUUGGGAUAUCUAAAUAGUUUUUUGAAUCCAUUUCUUUAUGCACUUUGUAAUGAAAAUUUUAAACAUGCAUUCAAAAAGAUGCUUGGACGUUUACAGCAACCACAACAUUUUAGCUAUAAUUUUGAUCAAACAUUAGCUACUGCUGCUGCUGCUGCUGCCACUGCUACUGGUGGUGGUGGUGGUGGUAAUAAAAUUUGUUACGCCAUCUUUUGGUUAGAAUUUAAAACCAUCUGA